AUGUCCUUCCUUCCCUCCCUCAACCCAAUCCCCUCCCUCCCCAAAUACCCCGGCCCCUACACCGUUGGUACAAUCGACGUCGAGUUCCCCCUCUCCCUCCUCCCUCCUGUCACCCCCCACACUCCUCCUGACACCUCCCACAUCAAAACUCUCCUCUUCCGCAUCUUCUACCCCGCCAUCCCGGAUCCCCAUCCCCAACGUGCUACCUGGCUCUCCCACCCGCAGCGUCAGCACAUUGCUGCUUAUGGAGGGUUCUUAGGACUAAACAAGGCGCUAAGUGAGGUGUUGAGUUGGGUACCGAGGCAUUUGCAUUGGACGGUGUUGCCGGCGCAUAAGAAUGCUACAAUGGUUCAGCCACCGCCGGACGGGAAGUGGCCUACGGCCAUAUUCUCUCAUGGGCUGGGAGGGACGAGGAAUACAUAUAGCCAUAUUGCGGGGUCACUUGCUUCGCAUGGUGUGGUAGUUUUCUGUAUCGAACAUAGGGAGCAAAGUGCCGCCCUUACAACCAUUAGGGAUCCAGAUGAGAAGACGGGAAGUAAGGUCGUGGAGUAUAAGCGGCUACCGCAUGAGCUGAAUAAGGAGGUUUGGGGGGUCAGGGAUGCGCAGUUGAGGGUAAGACUAUGGGAGGUUGCAUUGUUGUAUGAGGUGUUGGUUAAGCUUGGGCGGGGGGAGGGGGAUGUGGUGGAGGGAAAUUUGAACUCCAGCACGCCGAGGGAUGUGUUUGCGCAAUUUCUGGGCAAACUGAAUGUCCUCGACCCCGGGAGGGUGAUCUUCGCAGGACACUCAUUCGGCGGGUCGACAGUCGUGCAACUUCUCAAGAGCGUCUUCUACGCCGAUCAUAGCAUCCUCAAAGACAAGGUCAUCACCGAACGGCUCUUCAUCCCCUCCUCAACAGCCUCCAUUCGCCAGCAAAUCACCCCUCACACACCUACAAUCCUCCUCGACAUGUGGUGCCUGCCCCUCGUCUCCCCGACAACCCGCUGUCUUUACCAUCUCCCCCUUCCCGCAUACACCCCCUCCGGCCCCGGCGGCAGCACUAUCCUCGCAAUCGAAUCCGAUGCAUUUGUCGUCUGGCGCCCGCAUCUCCACACCAAAGCCCAGUUGUUCUCUCCCUCGCCCUCACUCUCUCACAAAACCCCCAUCACCUUGGAGUCCUUUGGCGACUUCCCCCAGCCGUACUGGUUCUACCCCGUCGGCAGCGCACACAUAGCGCAGUCAGACUUUGCCCCGCUUUUUCCAACACUCAUAAGGCAUGGAUUUAAGUGUGAGGCAGAUGUGGGAAGGGUGUUGAGGCUGAAUGUUAGGGCGAUGGUACAGUUUCUGAGGGGGAGGGGGUAUAGAGUUACAGGGACGGCGAGGGGGGAAUGUGUGGAGGGGUUGGGGAAUGUGGCUAGUGAAGGGGACUGGAUUGAUGAUGACGCCGUGAUUCUGGAAAGAGGUGAUGGGAAGGUCGAGGGCUGGAAGGCAAUCGAGGUUGUUGGGCUUGGGGGGGAGAGGGGAUUGAUUAGGGAGGAGGCGAGGAUAUAA